CAGGACAACGUGUUAAUCGAGUGGAGAGUUGCUGCCGAGAUGACACAGAAUGAGAGCGACGGCCAAGCAUUAGAGAAGAGCUUUACUGUGCCUGGUAUCCAGAUGACUUCAGAGAAUGGGCAAAUGAAAGUGGAGCAAACCCCUAGUGAGGAACAGCAAUUUCUUCCCGUGGAGCUUCAGUCACCUACAGUUGAGCUGCCUUCUCAUUUAGAGGGCCAGGAGAGUCCACCAGAGGAGUAUACACAAUGGAAGUUCCUGCUCUUCUACCUGUGUCUGUAUGGCUUUAUGACUCAGCUGCGUCCUGGAGAAAGCUUUAUAACCCCAUACUUACUGAGCACAGAAAGGAAUUUCACAAGAGAACAGGUUACCAAUGAGAUCACACCAGUGCUGAGUUACUCAUACAUGGCUGUCCUUGUGCCAGUCUUUCUUCUCACUGACUAUUUACGUUACACUCCCGUGUUGAUCCUGCAGAGUUUAAGUCACAUCUCCGUGUGGUUGCUGCUCAUCUUUGGUACAGAUGUCAUUGCCAUGCAAUUUAUGGAGUUCUUCUAUGGUAUCACCAUGGCAGCUCGGGUCGCUUAUUCUUCUUACAUAUUCUCUCUGGUGUCACCAACAAAUUAUCAGCGGGCAGCAGGAUACUCACGUUCCUCAAUACUUAUGGGUGUCUUUACAAGUGCUGUACUUGGGCAGCUGUGCAUCAGCUUGGGUGGUGUACAAUACAGAACCAUUAAUUACAUAUCUUUGAGCUGUAUGGUACUUGGGCUUUUUCUUACCUUUUUUCUUCAACGGCCUAAAAGAAGUCUUUUCUUUAAUAAAAACAUUUCUAAGCAUCAGAAUGGCAUUCACCUUUCUGAGGAGCCAAAAGCAAGUACUGGAACUAAAGCUGGGGGUCUCUGCUCUCGAUGGAGAGAUUUCGUGAUUAUACGUAUGCUGAUGGAACUCAAAGGAACUGUACGUCACCCCCGACUCCGUCUGUGGUCACUGUGGUGGAUAUUUAACUCUGCUGGCUAUUACCUAAUGCUAUAUUAUGUGCAGAUUCUGUGGAACACGGUCUACCCUGCCACUGAUAAUCGAAAAGUGUACAAUGGUGGUGUUGAUGCAGCGUCCACGCUCCUUGGAGCCAUCACAUCCUUUGCUGCAGGACAUAUAAAGAUUCGAUGGAAUCUUUGGUCAGAAUUGGUCAUUGGGCUGGUGACUGCUUUUCAGGCGGGGCUUCUUAUUCUUAUGAACACAACAGAAAAUAUAUGGGUGUGCUAUGUAGCCUACAUCCUUUUUAGAAGUUCAUACCAGUUCCUGGUUCCCAUAGCCAUCUUCCAGAUUGCAAGUAACUUAUCCAAAGAGCUUUGCGCUUUAGUGUUUGGAGUAAACACUUUCUUUGCCACAAUCCUGAAAACUAUAAUUACUAUCAUCAUCGCGGAUAAAAGAGGUCUGGCUCUCUCUGUACACCCGCAGUUUUAUGUCUACUUUGUGUACUUUACUGUUUUGGCUGUGCUGUACCUGGGGGCUGCUGCCUUUGUUAUUAUCAAGCAUUAUCAUGCAGAAAGGCUGAAAGAAAAACCUCAAAUCCCUCCAAAAGUGGAAAGUGAGCACAAAACGACAUCCAGCAGUGCAGUCACAUGUGAAUCCCGUGCAUAAUUCCUGGCACAGACCCUCAAUAGGAAGCCAAGGAGUCCCAUUAUCCACAGAAAAAUUGUAUGUGUUGCUGCAACUUUGGGAGAACAAUUUUAGGAUUAGUGAGACUGGGUUAAACUAAGGUAAGUGUGAUUAGAGAUAUUCUCUUUCUCUCUUCAGAGAAAUGUAGGAACUAAUGUGGUUUCUGCUUCUUCAUCCUUUACAAAAACUUGUUUGACUUAGAGUCAAAGCUCACACAUCUCUGUUUUACUGGACUCAUCCAAGCUGAAGGAUUCCAAGAUUCUAAGUGACCUAAAAUACUGAUAUUGUAGAUAUUUUUUAAUAGGCAGAUUUAUUUCCUUGAUAAAAUGUUACUUCCCGCAGUACACUGGAUGUAGAAAUCUGCAUAAGUAGAAAGACUUUUCAUCAGAAUCUUCAAUACCGUAUGACAUUUUUGCUGGUUCCUUAGAGUGUGUUACAUUCUACGACGGCCAAGGAAAUAACUGCUUUUCUGAAAAUGAAUUUUGAAAUAGACAAUAACUGACUUUUUGCCAUAUUCACUAGGUACAGCAUUUCAGUAAAUAUUCCAGUAGCAAUGCAUUAUUAAUACUAGAAUACUCUAGUAAGACAAAUGUGUUGGACUGGUAUCCAUUUCACAAUGCACAAGUGCACUAGGUCCUGUUAUAUUGUAUGGUGAACAUUUUUGGACCAAGUUUCAAGCAGAUAAUGAUUCAGAAUUUUCUGUGUAUAGUUUUAUGGAUAAUAUGAAUCCGUGAAUUUGUUUGUAUUUCUUAUGAUAGGUCUGUGACUGUACUCAGGUCCUCACAUAUCAACUUUACAGGUUCAGAGAGUCCAGGAAGCGAGGUAACCUCUAUCAACCAGUGGCAUAGCUUCAAGGAGAACGAAAGCUAGAAUAAUUGGGGUGCCAUGUUGUUAGGCACACCCCAUUUAUUCUAGUUGCUUAUUUCCUACCCUAUGCCAGUUUAUGUAAAAAAUGCCCCAGCUGGGAUACUUUUCCUCUGAGCACCACCAUAUUGUCUCAGUAUUUAAGACAUUGCUUGUGCUUCUCUGGAAAAGCACAUAUAUGGUACAGAGCUUCUUCCCUGAUUUCAAUAGGUGCAUGGGUGGGUGCCUAGAAAAGUCAGAAUAUAUACCAGUACAGUGAGAGGAAAAGUACCUCAGACCGGUGCAUUUUUUGGGGGGUAGAAAGAUAGUUACUUGAAUCACUGUGGGGUACCUAACAAAUUGGUACCCUCAUUGUUUCUACUUUUUGUUCUACUUUAAAUUUACUGAACCCCACAGCACUGGGCCUUUAAUUUGUUCAUGGAGACGGUGAUCUGUUUCACACAUUUACUGCCUCAUUCAACACUAUCACUUCCAGUGUGCCCAAGGGAAUUAGGCUGCUUUGGAAAGCUGAAAGCUGUAGUUAAACAACAUCUUCAGUACCUACUUUUGCCUCUCAUUGCUCUGUAUAUCUCCCCCAUUACUUGUGGAAUAUUCAGUAUAUUUGUGUAGUUCCCCUUCACCAAAUGCCUUGAUUGCUAAUGAUCAAUGGGCAGAAGUUGCUGGAAUCUUUAGCGGUUACAGAGUUUUAAGAAGAUUGCAUAACAGACUUUAGUACUGGAAGCUUGCAACAUGUUUUCUUUGGUCAGCUAUUAAACCUAUAAACUCCAGGUUCUUUAGGAAUUCUAUUAAUUGCAACAGUUUCAUGUACACUGAUCUACAGAAAUCGCAGAGUCAUGAUUUCUAAAGUGCUAAAGGGAGCUUCUCUUUUAAUAUGAACAUAUCACAAACCGUUUUGUGCCUUAAAAUCAUCUGUAGUAUAUUUACACUCAGUAGAAUGCUAUUGUUUUUAGCAAACAUUAUAUCAGUAUAUUCCUUAAACUGAGGGGCCCAUUUACUUAGCUCAAGUGAAGGAAUAGAAUAAAAAAAAAUUUCGAAUGUUUUUUUUGGCUACUUCGACCUUCGAAUGGGCUCCUCCGACUACGACUUCGAAUCGAGCUAAAAAUCAUUCGACUAUUCGAUCAUUUGAUAGUUGAAGCACUGUCUCUUUAAAAAAAAAAAAAAA